CUAGAAAAUAGGAAGAGGAAGACAUAACAUUCGUCAGCGCUGCCUUGCGAUCGUUCGUGGUUCAAUGCAGAAGGAGAGCUUCUAAUGAUCGCUAGAAAGCACCCACAGAUGAUGCUCAGGAGAUUUCUAGCAGUCCACACCUUGUCGGCGCUCUUUUUGCUCGGAUUUGUUUAUUAUACGACCAUGUUUAUAUUCAUCGAGGAUUGGUUGGGGUUGCAGAGCUCAGCUGGUCUGCUCAACUCCAUCAUCUUUACUUUUUUCACUUCUCUGCUGGUCUUUUCCUUUUUUGUGUGUAUUCUUACGGAUCCUGGGGGCGUCCCAUCCGGCUACGUACCUGAUGUCGAAGAAACCAACGGUGCGGAUCAAGAGAUGAGACGUAGUAGAAAAUGCGACAAAUGUUCCAAAUACAAGCCUCCAAGGUCUCACCAUUGCCGUGUCUGCGGAAGAUGUAUUCUGAGGAUGGAUCACCACUGUACAUGGAUUAAUAACUGCGUAGGUCACAGAAACUACAAGCCGUUUCUGCUUUUAGUCUUCUAUGCGACUGUUGCAAGCACUUAUUCAGCUGUUGUUAUAAUAGGCUGUUCACUUCAGAAGGACUGGGAUUCCUACGGCAGCAACACCCUUCUCAAGGAAUUUCAUGUUUGUUGUGGAGUUGUAAGCAUUGGUUUAAGCUUGUUGCUUGGAAGUUUCUUCGGCUGGAAUAUGUAUCUCGUGGCUCAUAAUUUGACAACCAUAGAACACCAUGAGGCAAACCGAGCUGCAUGGUUGGCAAGGAAAUCGGGUCUCAGCUAUCACCAUCCAUAUGAUGUUGGUUUUUACAAGAAUAUUACCCUGGUCAUGGGUCCAAGCAUGCUAAAAUGGCUUUGGCCGGGAGCGGUGAGUCAUCUCAAGGAUGGACUUACCUUCCCUACCACACGCGAAAGCUCGUGACAUGAGUGCAACAGCUAGAAUGGGCGACACAAAAUUGUUUUUGAUUGAAACUGGUUGCUGGACUUUAACAACACCAGGUGCUCUGUUAUUUAUAUUUAUUUUGGAAAAUAUGCAAUGUAGAUUCAUGUCAAGUAGAAAUAUAGAAUAGCAAUUGUGAUGGAUCUUUCUCACCAUCAUUUGUAUGUAACAGUAAGAAUAAUUCUUGAAAUGUCUGAAAUGCAUGCUCUUUACAUCUUUGUUUGUCA